GCGUUGUUAACAUAGAAAAGGGUUUCGUUUAAAGCAAACGUCAUUUUCUAAAACAUCGCAUCAUUUGUCAGUCAAAGUGUCGAUCGAUUGUCCGACUGAUGGCCGACUCUUCUGACCACUCGUCCGACUCUUCGUCCGAAAGGCGCGGUUUGGGUGCAGUUGUGUUGCAUGUGAUGCGCAAUCGGAUGGAAGCGGCGUUGUUUGUGACUCGUGGCGUGACUUUAGUCUUGACUUUUGUCUAUUUAUUAGGCAUUUGGUCGCCCGCUUCGGCCUAUCAGAAAGCACUGGUCGCGGCCGCCGCAACUUCGGCUCUACGUCUUCAUCAGCGUUUACCACCUUUUCGUUUGUCACGUGAAUUCUUGGCUUUAGUCGUGACGGAAGACUCGGCGCACUAUUUAUUGUACGCCUUAUUGUUUGCCUCGAACGCCCCUCUGGCCCUCGCCCUCCUUCCGGUCGCUCUUUUUGCUGGUUUACACUUUGCGUCGUUUGGCAUCACUUUAGCCGAUAAGUUGGGAUCUGGCGAAUUGUUUUCUUCAUUCGCGAACGCUAUUCAACGUCAUCAGCGGUCAGUCCUUCAAACCGUCGCAUUGACUGAAAUCGCGUUAAUGCCGGCCGUCGUUUUGGCUCUUUUGUCGGGUUCGGCCUCUCUGUUGGCACCGUUCCUCUUCUACCGUUUUCUGGCCCUCCGAUACGCCUCCCGCCGAAACCCUUAUACGCGGCAAAUGUUCUAUGAAUUGCGUGUUUCGGCUGAGAGAAUGUCGACCGCCGGCGCGUGUCCGGCAUUAUUGGGUCGCGCGAUCCGCAAUGUAAUUGAAUUAAUGGGACGAUUGGCGCCGCCUAUCGUUCAAUAAAUUUAUUACUAUUUAUCAAAUACUGAAUGUCUCGCUCUCAACAAAAACUCUGUAAAAGCAUUGACCGCACA